AUGACUCAGAUCGCCAAUGUCCCGUCGCUAGAGACGGCGCGGGAGGUCAUCUCGAAGUCCAGGAACUCCCCAUUCCCUCCCAAUCUGCUGCCCAUCACAGCCUCGAUUCCGGCUGAUCUUUUGACACCGACAUUGGCCUAUCUCAAGCUUGCAGAGAACUCGCGAAUGUCCUUUUUGUAUGAGAGUGCAGCAACCACGGAGACUAUUGGACGGUACAGCUUCGUUGGCGCAGACCCCAAAAAGGUGAUUAAGACCGGACCGGGUCACGGCCCUGCCGAAGAUCCUCUCCCAAUCCUUGAGGCCGAGCUCUGCAAGUCUCGCGUGGCAUCUGUGCCUGGCCUAGUGCUGCCACCGCUGACGGGUGGAGCCAUUGGCUAUGUCGGUUAUGAUUGUGUUCGAUACUUCGAGCCUAAGACAGCGAGGCCAAUGAAGGAUGUACUUGGUGUGCCCGAGUCGCUGUUCAUGCUGUUUGAUACCAUUGUCGCGUUCGACCAUUUCUUCCAGGUGGUGAAGAUCAUCACCUAUGUGCCGAUCCCCGCUGAGGAUGCUGAUGUUGAGGCUGAAUAUCGCAAGGGUCAAGAGGUGAUCAAGUCAACGAUUGCAACGCUGCUGCAGGAACGUACACCUCUGCCUCAGCAGGGACCUAUUAUCCCCAACCAGGAGUACACAUCCAACAUUGGCCGGGAAGGGUAUGAGGGUCACGUCCACCGAUUGAAGGAGCACAUCAAGAAGGGUGAUAUCUUCCAGACUGUUCCUUCACAACGGCUUUCCCGGCCCACAUCUCUUCAUCCCUUCAACCUCUUCCGCCACCUCCGCACAGUCAACCCUUCUCCCUACCUCUUCUACAUCGAUUGCCAAGAUUUCCAACUGGUGGGCGCCAGCCCCGAGCUCCUCGUCAAGGAAGAUCGUGGUCGGAUUAUUACUCACCCCAUUGCCGGUACUGUGAUGCGCGGCAAGACUCUCGAAGAAGACGCCGCUUUGGCCAACGAGCUCCGCAGUAGCUUGAAGGACCGGGCCGAGCACGUCAUGCUGGUUGAUCUGGCUCGGAACGACAUCAACCGCGUGUGCGAUCCCAUGUCGACCCAGGUUGACCGGUUGAUGGUGGUUGAAAAGUUCUCGCACGUGCAGCACCUAGUCUCGCAGGUAUCGGGUGUUCUUCGACCAGACAAGACCCGGUUUGACGCUUUCCGCUCUAUCUUCCCCGCCGGCACAGUAUCCGGCGCGCCCAAGGUGCGCGCCAUGCAACUGAUUGCCGAGCUAGAGGGCGAGAAGCGGGGCGUCUACGCCGGCGCCGUGGGCUACUUUGGGUACAACAUCGCCAGCGUGGACGGGUCAAGUGAGAUGCCCGGUGCCAUGGACACCUGCAUUGCACUGCGGACGAUGAUGCUCAAGGACGGAGUGGCUUAUCUCCAGGCUGGUGGAGGUAUCGUCUUCGACUCGGAUCCCUAUGAUGAAUACAUCGAAACCAUCAACAAGUUGGGAGCGAAUGUUGCUUGCAUUCGUGGCGCCGAGGAGAAGUACCUCAGCCUGGAGGCCGAACCCCACUCAACCUGA